GAAACGGCCGAAUAAUGAGGCGCGUCACCACUCACCAGACACAGAUUUCAGAGCGCAUAUGCAAUUCUGCGUUUCGCGACAGGCGAGGCGAGGCGAGGCGAGGCGAGCGGCAAUCAGCAGCACCCAUCCCACCACCACCGGUCCACCACCACCACCUCACACUGCUCCCUUGAUGUGAUUGAUAAAUACGCGCCAAGUCGCUGCCCACGCCUCUCUUCUCUCUCCCCCUUCCCCUGCUUUGCCUUUGCCUUUCUCUUGCUUGCCCUGCUCUGCCCACUGUGCAACAUGCCCCUGUCCGUGGCGUCGUUCUAAAUCCAUCCGUUGCCGCUUCGAGCUAGCUACCUCUUGCCGCCGCCUCGAGUGGCACCCUGCCCAAGACUCAGAUCCAAGUCGUCGCGUCGACUUGUUGCUGUCCGGCUGUGGCGUUGCGUUGUUGCAGGGACAAUGGCGGACGCCGUGGAGACGGAGACGCCUUCUCCUCUGGAGCGCGGCGUUGGCGGCGAGUCCGGGUGGUCCGCGUCGCCGGAGUUCGAGUUCUGGAUGGUGGGCCAGAACCCGUCCUCGUUCCCGUCCCCCGCCCUGCUCACCGCCGACGAGCUCUUCUCCGGCGGCGUCGUGCUCCCGCUCCACACGCUCCAGGCGUCUCCCCCUGACGGCGAGGGCGAGGGCGAGGGCGAGGACGGGGCCGACGUGAGUGACUCGGAAUCCGCUGCGCUUGCGCUGCCCGAAGCAGAAGGGGAGGCCACGCAGCCGCUCGCUGAGUCCGGCAUCGCGCCGACGCCGGACCUCCCGGCGGUGACGUUUAAGUGGAAGGACAUCUUCAAGGCGGCCGGCGGCGGCGAGCCCAAGGACCGCAAGAAGGUGGAGCGGCGCGUGAGCAGCGUCAGCGGUAACGCCGAGCUGAUUAACAUCAACAUAUGGCCGUUCUCCAGGAGCCGCUCCGCCGGCCAUUCCGCCGGCGCAGGCUCCUCCUUGAGCAGGGCCAAGCCGAAUCCCAACGCCAACGCCAGCGCCGCCGGAGCAGCGAGCGCACCGGCGGCCCCGGCACCUGCCGCGCGUAAGGUGAGCAGUGCGCCGUGCUCCCGGAGCAACUCCCGCGGAGAGUCCACUGGACCUGUGGCUGUACCGGUUAUUGCCGCCGCCGCUGCAGCAGAUGUGGCGGCUGGCCCGGCGGGACCACUGCCCACCACGUCCAUGUUAAGGAGGUGGGUGCCGGGACAGGUUCGUAACACAGGCCUCGGUGCCGCCGGCAUUCGCCUGGGCCGCCCCAGCCCCGUGUGGCAGCUCAGGCGCAACAAGCUGCAGCAAACCGCCGCCGAGCAGAAGCAGGCCGGUUCCAAGAAGAAGGCCGUCCCCGCCGCCGCCACUAGCGACGACAAGACGGCUCCGAGCGUGGUCGCGCCAGCUGCCAGCUGCCGUCCGGAGGGCGGCGAGGAAGGGAACCCGCCCCAGGGCCUGUUCGGGCUCCGGACCUUCUUCUCCAAGAAGGUGUACUGAUUGACAGACCACGCCAUUGUACAUACAAAUUCGAGCUGUAGGCUCGUUCUUCCACAUCUUUACUACCCCUUCUUUUCCUUUUCCUCCUUCCGUUCUAAUUCAAGUACCUUCUUCAGCUUUCUGAUAUCCUCUGUACUGGACUAGAGUCUUUGCUAUACGCUCAAUUGCUAAACUCAAGCAGGCAGCUAUGCAUCUA